AUGGCGUCGGCGGCCGCGGGGAGGAAGAAGCCCACGCCAGGCACGGCAGGCCCGCCCAGCGUGAAGCGCAAGGCGGUGGCCUUCAUGAAGGCCACCAGGCAGGCCAACUCCAGCGCGCUGGCCGCCGCGGCCGCGGCCGCCAUGCACGAGGCGCAGGCCGUGCCCUCCGAGGCCCUCCGCGCGGCCAGCCCUCCAGACCGGGCCCCCACGCCGCUGGAGCAGCAGGGCGAGUGGCGCCUCAGGACCCGCGAUGCGCGCCGCUGGGGCCACCGCCUCCGCAGGGCGGAGGGCGAGGACGCGGCCUCGGAGCGGCGGCUGGUGCGCACGCUGCGGGACGAGCGCGCGCUGUCGGACAGCGCGCUGCGGCGCACGGCCGUGGAGGCCCUCGCCCCGGCCUCCGCCGCGGGGCACCGGCCGGCCCUGGCGGCCCAGCUGGAGGCACUGGGCGACCCGAGCGAGGCCGUGCGGCGCUCGGCGCUGCGGUCCCUGCAGGGCCUCGCUGGCGGGGAGCGCUCGCAGGCCGAGGGCAUUGUGGUGGAGGCCCUGGCGGAGGUGCUGCCGGGCCUCCGGGAGUGCCUCUCCACGGCGGAGCGCCGCUCGCGGGCGGAGGCCGUCCUCUGCCUGUCGCCGAAGGGGGGCCCCGUGCUCCAAGACUCCGCCUCGGCGUGGUUUGCGGACAGGGACGGCCUCGUGAGGCGGGCCGCCGCCCGAGCGCUGGGCGCUGCCGGCUCGGGGGAAGCCGCCGUGGGCGCGGUGGCCCGGGGCCUCGGGGACCCAGACUGGCGCGUGAGCCAGGCGGCCGUGGAGGCCCUGGAGCAGGUGGCGAGCAGGCCGCCGCCGCAGCUGCGCGCCUCCCCGGAGGCUGGCGACGGCGCGCACCUCCUGGAGCCCGGGCGGCCCCCCCCCUGCGAGCCGGGCGCCGCGGCGCGCGGCAAGGGGCGCCGCCACGGAGACGACUCCGCGCUCAGGCGGUCUCGGAGCAACUUCGGGGACACGUCGACGGGCCUGUCGCGGCGAGCGUCGGAGCAGCAGUCCCGGCGGAACUCCCUCGCCGCCGCGGCCGCGCAGAGUGCCUCGCGCGCAGCGGCGGCCUCGGCGCUGGCUGCGGCGUGCAAGGCAGGAGGAACGCUUGGAGGGCUGGCGCGCGAGGCGGCCGUGGCCGCUCUCCCCCGCCUGGAGUCGCCGUGCAGCAACGCGGCUGCGCAGGCCGCCGCCGACCUCCUCGGCUCUGCCGCGCCGGAGGCGCGACAAACGGCGGUGGGCUCCCUGACCGCGCUGGCGGCUGGGAACUUCGGGGCGGCCGCUGGCGCGUCCACGGCCCGGCUGGGCGACGGCGACUGGCGGACGAGGCGCGCCGCCAGCGAGGCGCUCGCGGCGUCGCUGGAGCGCCUGCGCCUGGGCGCGGGGGAGGGCCCCAGCGCGGACAGAGAGAAGGCGAUGCUGACGCUGGCCAGCACGAGGAGUACAUCUGCGCUCCUGGAGAGGCCAGACUGGCAAGGGCGCCGGGAAGUUGCCACCGCGCUCCGCAUGAUCGGGGACGGCUCCGACCCAGAGGCCAGGGGGCUGGCCUUGUUGUCCCUGCUGCCGUGGUUGCAGCACAAGGACUGGAGCGUCCGCAGGAAGGCGGUUCAGGCGGUCGCUACGAUUGCGGAGGCCAGCGGUGGCCUCGUGCGCGCCGUGAAGAUGCUGCGCGGCUGCGCGCAGGACGCGGACGAGGAGGUCAAGAUCAUGCUGGCCACGGUGCUGCCCCGCGCCGCGCCACCGAAGUGCCGCGCGGCCUUGCAGGUGGCCGAAGAGCUCGGCAAGGAGGGCAACGACACGGAGGUGCGGCUCCACGGCAUCGCGGCCCUGCGGGCCUUGUCCAGCCCGCCCCGCAGCAGAAGCCGGCGAGCUCCACGGGCGCUGGCGUCGUUGCUGGAGGACGAGGCCGAAGAGGUAGUGGCAGCCGCGAGGGAAGCGAUCGUAGCCGCGGGCAGGGGUCGCAAGAUCGUCGUGAAUGUGCUGAGCGACUUGCUGGUACACCUCGACCCGAGGGUGCGGCGGACCGUGGCGGAGACCCUCGUGGAGGUCGUCGAGGGCUCGCCGGUCUGCAGCGAGAGGGUCGUGCAGCGGAUGCUGAGGCUGCUGGAGAGCCCCGACGAUGGCACGCAGAAGAUCGGCGCGGAAGUCGCGGCCGUGUUCUCGAGUCCGGAGUGCGACGGCAGCUUCUUGGGCACGGCGGCCUCGGUCAUCGUCCGUCAGAGGCGGCUGGCAGCGCUGACAGGAGGACUCGCGGGGCAGCCCCACAGCCUCCUGCAGCUGCCGUCAGGCUCUCCUCGCGCCAGCUCCGCGAGCGUGAGCUCGCGGCGGAGUUCGAAGGCGUCGGAGUCCAGGCCGCGCAGGACGGUGCUGGCUGGCCCUCCGGGGGCCCGCGUCGGAGGCAUCUCCGUCGAGGCGCCGGGCACGUCGCGUCGGCCGAGCCUCACUCCGCUGCGGAGCUCGCGGCCGAGCAUGUCUCCUAGGCCGAGCAUGUCUCCCCGGCUGAGCAUGCUGGGCCCGCCGGGCGCUCCUCUAGGAGCAGCGGAGGGAGGCCACAGCUCCGAGGACGCGGCGGACGAGGAGGAGGAGGAGGCGCUGCGGAUCCCGCCGGCGCUCCUCGAGAUCCCGGUGCCGGCGGAGUGGAGCGACAGCGGCACGGACCUGGAGGACGCAGAGGUCGACGCGCCGGUGACGCUGUGGAGGUACGACCCUGUUCGGCCGCGGGACCGCGGCGAGACCCUGGCCACGCUGCCCGACCUGGAGGUGCGCCUCCUCCCCGACCUGGAGGGGCCGCAGGGAGACUUCUUCCUCCGCGCCGGCGAGGAGUUCGAAGUCUCGGAGGAUCGGGGCGGCGCUGCCAGGACGGCAUCAUCCACUUGCGGCUGGCCGACGGGCGGGGCUGGGUGCCCACCCGGGCUCCGGGCGCCGGCACCCUGUGCGAGCAGGUCCAGGGCUCCCCCGCGCCUUCGGAGGGCGACGAGGCCGCGGCCGACGAGUAGGGUGCGGAGAGGCCGGGCGCCGGCGGGCGGAUCUGCCGCCGAACACCCCUGGACGCUCCGUCUAGAGCAGUAUCAAGGCGAAGCUUUGAGUUCUGUGUUUGGGAUCGCCUCUCGCUCGGAUUGA